GCUAAUCAGACCAGAGCAGGGAAAGCUGAAACUUUUGAAUGUGAAGAAAGAAAUUAUUGUAUCAUUUUUUUUCUUGCAGGCUCAGAAAUAUCCGUUUAUUCUUUUAACCACACGGAUGUGUCUAUUUUUGGAGGAACAAGGAAAUGUAUAAAUGCUUGGGUUGCAUUUAUGCUGUAGUUGCAAACAGUGAACAGUUAAGAAGAUUUUGCCGAAUUUUGCAAAGCAGCCAACAAACUGCCUUGGGAUAGUGGUAAUGCAACUGGAAAGACCUUUGCACUCAUUUGGCAAUAUUUUGGAUAUCCUUGGAAACAACACCAAAAUGUGCCUUAACUUGACUAAGAAGAGGUUAAACCAUUUUGAUAUUGAUCCAAAGUGAUUUUGUUAAAGCAGGAUUUCAUGGGAGGAAAAAAAAUGGGAGUUGUGGAAGAUUCAUGUAAACUCCCACCCAACAGCAGCUCAGAGCACUGGAAGCGUCUGCACGGCACAUCAGCACUUUCUUUUCAUCGUCGUUACGUAAAACCUCGGGAAGCACCUUGGGCGUUUUACAUUUUCUUUUCUUUGCUGCGGGAGGAAGCGAGCUGCUCCCAGGAAUUCUGACCAGUCCUGAACAGAACCCUGGCGAAAGCUGCACUGAAGACCAUGCUACCUUCCCUCCAGCCUGGUUAAUUCUGAAAAGUGUACACAUGUCUGGCUUAUCUGUGCUUUGUUAUGGGUCUGACGCGAAACUACCUCCUCCCCACCCCACCCCCCAGCAGAGAACUGAAAUCCAGUUGAAUUGUUACAGGGUUUUGGAGCUGCAGACUUGAACUGCUGCCUUGAUGAAAUAACUUUGUUUCUGGUUGUUUAAAAAAAAGGGGGGGCCUCUCAGAAAAAAAAAAAAAGGAAAAUCAACAGAAAUUGCACACCAGGAUGCCUUGAGACACACGCAGCAUCUGGCGGAGGAUUAACAUACAUACAUGUGUAUGUAUGCGUCACGUAUAUAUUUACUGCAAAUGGUGGGGAUCGCUUAGUGCCCGAGAUGGGAGACCUGAAGUCAGGUUUUGAAGAGGUGGAUGGCGUGAGGCUCGGCUACCUCAUCAUUAAAGGAAAGCAAAUGUUUGCCCUCUCCCAAGUCUUCACGGAUCUGCUGAAAAACAUCCCGAGGACGACCGUGCACAAGCGCAUGGAUCAUCUAAAAGUGAAAAAGCACCACUGCGACCUGGAGGAGUUGCGGAAGCUCAAGGCGAUCAACAGCAUCGCCUUCCACGCCGCCAAGUGCACCCUCAUCUCCCGGGAAGACGUGGAAGCGCUCUACACCUCCUGCAAAACCGAGCGCGUCCUCAAGACCAAGCGCAGGCGAGCCGCCCGGGCCCCGGCCACCCAGGCGCCGCCGCCCCCGCCGGAGCGCGUCCCCGCCGCCGCCGCGGGCCCCCGCCCGGGAUUUUGGAAGGACGAGCACCAACUUUGGCGGGGCUUGAGCGGAGCGGCGCGGCCGCUGCCAAUCAGCGCGCAGUCCCCGCGCCCCGGCGCCGCCGCCGCCGCGCGCCCCGCCGCCCAUCUACCUCAGGUUUUUAGCAAAUACCCGGGCUCGCACUACCCGGAAAUCGUGCGCUCGCCUUGCAAAGCCCCUCUAAACUACGAGACUGCCCCGCUCCAGGGAAACUACGUCGCCUUUCAUUCGGAUCCCGCCUAUUUUCGGAGCCUGCUGUGCAGCAAGCACCCGGCCGCCGCCGCCGCCGCUGCCGCAGCCGCCGCCGCCGCCGCCGCCGCAGCCGCCGCCUACUACCAGGCGUCGGCCUCCGGGACUCAGCCCAAGGCGGCGGCGGCCGGGGCGGGCGCGGGAGGCCCGGUGAGCCUGAGCUACCGGUGCAAGCGCAGGCGAGGGGGCGCCAAGGAUUGCCUGCUCACGCCGCACUCCGGCGCCCGGCGCCUGCUGCUGCUGCCCAGGUCCUACAAAGCCAAGGCGGCCGCGGCGGCGGCGGCGGCGGCAGCCGCGGGGGCCACUUGCCUGGAUAGGUUUCAUCUGGUCAACAGCUUCUGUCCGCCUCCCCACCACCACCACCAUCACCACCAUCAUCACCAUCAUCACCACCACCAUCGGGCCCAGCCGCCGCUGCCGCAGAACCACCACCCCCCUCACCACCACCAUCUGGGCAGCUUUCCCGAGAGCUGCAGCAGCGACUCCGAGUCCAGCUCCUACUCGGACCACGCAGCCAACGACUCGGAUUUUGGCUCCAGUUUGUCCAGCUCCAGCAACUCUGUGUCCUCGGAGGAAGAGGAGGAGGAGGAGGGAGAGGAGGAGGAGGAGGAAGAGGAGGAGGAAGAGGAGGAGGGGGGCAGUGGGGCCUCGGAUUCCAGUGAAGUCAGCUCGGAGGAGGAGGAGGAGGAGGAGGAGGACUCGUCCACAGAGUCAGACUCCAGCUCCGGCUCCAGCCAAGUGUCAGUGCAGAGCAUCCGUUUCAGGCGCACCAGCUUCUGCAAGCCGCCCAGCGUGCAGGCGCAGGCCAACUUCUUGUACCAUCUGGCCUCCGCCACCACCGCCACCAAACCCGCUGCUUUCGAGGAUGCCGGCAGACUUCCCGACCUCAAGAGUGGUGUCAAAGCCGAGUCGCCAGAGGAGUGGAAUCUGCAGGACUGGGCCCCCCAAGCGUCUCCGGUGUACUGCCCGGCCAGUCUGGGGAGUUGUUUCCCAGAGAUAAGAAACGAUAGGGUAUCUGAGAUUACAUUCCCACACUCUGAAAUUUCCAGUACUGUAAAGAGAACUGACCUGACAAUUAACUGCCUGGCAGAGGGGGCCUCUUCACCUAGCCCAAAGACAAACAAUGCAUUUCCACAACAAAGAAUACUCCGCGAGGCUAGGAAAUGCCUACAAGCAACUCCUACAACACACUGUGCAGAUAACACAAUAGUUGCCAGGUUCUUAAAUAAUGAAUCUUCGGGAGCAGCAGCAAAUUCGGAAAAAGAUUCAAAAAUCCUUCAUUGUCAGGAAUUUGCUACGGAUUUGCCCUCUUCACAAACUGGUCCCGAAGUGGGUGCAGCAGCAGCAGCAGCAGAAGCACCAACUAAGGCUGAGAACCCAGGGGCUGACACAGCUGACAAGACACUGCCAAUUCUGCACAAUAUUAAAAUCAAAGUAGAAGACAGUAGUGCCAAUGAGGAAUACGAACCUGACCUCAUUACAAAUAAGCUAAAGUGCGAGUGCAAUGAUACAAAGGGUGAGUUUUACAGUGUGACUGAAAGUAAGGAGGAAGACGCCUUGUUAACCACAGCCAAGGAAGGCUUUGCAUGCCCUGAGAAAGAAACGCCUUCCUUGAAUCCGCUGGCACAGAGUCAGGGCCUGUCAUGCACUUUAGGUUCUCCAAAACCUGAGGAUGGGGAAUAUAAAUUUGGUGCCAGGGUGAGAAAAAAUUAUCGGACACUAGUACUGGGAAAGCGACCUGUCCUUCAGACACCUCCAGUCAAACCAAAUUUGAAAUCAGCUAGAAGCCCUCGUCCUACAGGUAAACCUGAGACACAUGAAGGAACACUGGAUGAUUUUACAGUUAUGAACAGACGCAAAAAGGUAGCCAGCAAUGUAGCAUCAGCAGUGAAAAGGCCAUUUAAUUUCAUGGCAAAUUUUCCUUGUCCACCAUCACUCAUUAUUGGGAAGGAUGGGGAUUUGUGGCCGGCGUAUUCCUUAAAUACCACUAAGGAGUCCCAACCUCCUCACAAGGCCCAUCCUAUAUGGAAAUGGCAGCUGGGCGGUUCUGCAAUACCUCUUCCACCUAGUCACAAAUUCAGGAAGUUUAAUUCAUAAAAAUGUUUUGGAAGAUACUUUCUUGAACCAUAUUACCUUCCUUUUGUUGUAAACUGCACAGGAUGGUUUGUACGAGUCCAUUAAUGUGUUACAUACCCCCCUUUGGAGUCCUGGUUUAUUGCAUUUUGAAGACAGAAAUCGGAUUACUUUUUUUUCCCCCCAUUGCAGAGUUGUUGGUGUUUUUUUUUUUUUUUGUGGAGGGUGGGGGCAGGGUGGGAGAAGGGUUGGUUUACAUGCUACAGUCUACUUCAGGCUAAAGACUCAAGUAAAACUCAGUUAUUACAGUAGAGCUGGAACACUUAACUGUUUCAAUGCUAAUAAUGCACCCGGUACCUCAAUUCAACUGCUACAAAUAAAUGUCAAAAGGUUGAAUAAUAAAUAUUACAAUGAGCCAUUAAGUUUAUGCACUAGUUUUCAGAUCUGAACGUAUAACUGUUAAUUCAGUGAAAGUUUGUUAGCUUACAUGGUUACAGUGAGGUAGCAAGAAGUUUCUAAGAGCCCAAAAUGUUGUUUUCUGGAGCUCUUGUUUGUGGGAUAUCUUUUUUCUUUUUACUCCCCUCGUUUCCUCUCCAAGAGUAGUUGCACUAAACUUUUUUUUUUUUACGUGGAAAGGUUGGGGUGUGAGUCCUGAUUGAAUCCUAGUUAAAGCUGCCUCAU